CUACCUGCCUUUCCCCCCCUCCCUCCAUCCCCCCUCCUCCUCCGUCCCUCUCCUCCCCCCUCUCGGUGCGGACAUGCUCCCGGGGCUCCGGAGAUGAGGCUCCGAAAUGUCUCCUUCCUGACGGUCUUGUUGUUCGGGCUGUGCGGGCUGGUCUCCCUGUCCUGGUACACCGCCUUCAGCAGCUCCAGAGGAGAUGUGGUGGAUAUCUACCAGAGGGAGUUCCUGGCGUUGAGGGAGCGUCUCCACUCAGCUGAGCAGGAGAACCUGCGGCGCUCCAAAGAGCUGAACCUGGUCCUGGAGGAGAUCAAGAGGGCCAUCGCUGAGAAGCAGGCGCUGAGAGACAUCAACCGCACCUGGAGCAGCCUCUCCGAGGAGACCAGACUGAAGUUGUGGAAUGUGAGCACCAGUAAGAACGUGCUGCAGCUUCCCUCCAUCUUCCAUCAUCUUCCUCACCUGCUGAACCGAGAGGACAGCCUGCAGCCCGCCGUGCACCUGGGACAGGGACGCACCGGAGUCUCCAUAGUGAUGGGGGUUCCUAGUGUGAAGAGGGAGGUCCACUCCUACCUGACCGACACGCUCAGCUCUCUGAUGUCAGAGCUCAGCGCUGCCGAGAAGGACGACUGUGUCAUCGUUGUCCUCAUCGCCGAGGCUGACCAGCAGUACGCCAGCAGUGUAGCAGACAACCUGAAGCGCCUUUUCCCAGCAGAGAUUCAGUCCGGUCUGUUGGAGGUCGUCUCUCCGUCCGUCCACUUCUACCCGGACUUCUCUCGUCUCCGAGAGUCCUUCGGAGACCCCAAGGAGAGAGUCAGGUGGAGGACGAAGCAGAACCUGGACUACUGUUUCCUGAUGAUGUACGCUCAGUCUAAAGGAACUUACUACGUCCAGCUGGAGGAUGACAUAGUCGCUCGUCCAAACUACUUCACCACCAUGAAGAACUUUGCGUUGCAGCAGCCGUCGGAGGAGUGGAUGAUCCUGGAGUUUUCUCAGCUCGGCUUCAUCGGGAAGAUGUUCAAGUCUUUGGACCUGUCGCUCAUCGUGGAGUUCAUGCUGAUGUUCUACAAAGACAAACCCAUCGACUGGCUGCUCGACCACAUCAUGUGGGUCAAAGUGUGCAAUCCGGAGAAAGACGCGAAACACUGCGACCGGCAGAAAGCAAACCUGAGGAUUCGGUUCAAACCGUCUCUCUUCCAACAUGUCGGCACUCACUCGUCUCUGGCUGGAAAAAUACAGAAACUCAAGGAUAAAGACUUUGGGAAACAAACCCUCCAUAAGGGUCACGCCAACCCGCUGGCAGAGGUGACGACCAGCCUGAAGACCUAUCAGCACUUCACCCUGGAGAAGGCCUAUCUAGGCGAGGACUUCUUCUGGGCUUUCACGCCCGUAGCGGGGGACUUUAUACGGAUACGAUUCUUCACGCCUGUCCGCAUUGAGAGGUAUUUCUUUCGGAGCGGGAACAUCGAGCAUCCAGGAGACAAACUCUUCAACACGUCAGUGGAGGUUCUGCCGUUCGAUAACAUCCAGGCAGAGAAAGAGGCCUUGACAGAAGGGAGGGAGAAAACGCCAAAGUACCAUCGGACAGAAGACGGAUUCAUUAGAAUAGGAACGUUCCAGAAUGGGAUCGCGGAGGGGGAGGUCGACCCCACCUUUGGGCCCCUGGAGGCCAUGCGUCUCUCAGUGAUAACGGACUCACCGGUCUGGGUGAUCCUCAGCGAGAUCUUCAUAAAGAAAGCAGAGUGAAGCUCCUCUCCCCUUCAGCGAUACCUCAGCACCUCCGAGCGUCCGAGCGCCGAGCUGCUCGCCAGCUGCCGUCCCGCUCACCAGUUCCCCACCGCGGUGCCACAGCGCCGCCUUCUGGCCGGACCUCGCCACUGCGGGGCUGAACAGACGAGAGACUGAACAAACAGACCACACAGACAGACAGACAGACAGACAGAUGAUAACAGGACACGCAGGAAAAACCUGUCGCCUGGUUUUGCACAACGCGCAGAAAGAGAAAUUCCUCUCAGACGAUGCUGUAAUUAAUCAUGAAACCUGUAUUUAUGUGUACAUACAGUGAGGUAAAUGUUGAAAACACUGGUAACUGUCAAGGCGGUGGCGAGAGCACCGUGCCACCUCUGAUGAUGAAACUGUCGCUUCAAAAGACUCAAAGGCCUCUUUCUAUCUGCAGACGGCCGGUCCGGACCUUUCUAUCAACACUAUCCCACCAGUUAUACCCCACAGUAACCAUGUAUGUGCAUAUAUGCAUAGAAACACACUAUCAUAUGAAUGCCCUCAGUGUGUUGAUACGUGUCUGUAGUUGCUGCUCGGGGGUUGACGAGUUGCCUUAAACAAAGACGAAGAGCAGAUUUACUUCAAACAGAAACGACCCCGGAUCCAAAAAUGUAGCAACCACCGAUACCCAGAAUCCUAUGCUGCGACCUCGGACCUUCUCACACAGCGUUUAUCAUUGUGGCUUGACACUACUGACGAUGGAAGAAGGCUGGUAUUUAGUGUUUUUUUUUUUUUAAUGAUUCACUUUAUUUUAAGUUAACUGAGGCCUUGUCACUGAUGACUGCUCUGUGUUCUACUUCGCAGUACUUUAAUUUACUCUGCUGUGCUCUAUAGUACUCCACUGUACUGUAGUUUUUUCAGUCCAGUGCAAAACGUUUCUUUCUUUUCUUCAGUCUCUCAUUGACAUGUUUGGUAAUAAAUAGUAAAAUAAUAAAAAUUCUUCAACCGGUUUAAUUUUCAUUUCUCCAUAAAGACGCUUUCAGUCAUCCACUGGGACUUUGGUUUGUAGUGGGAGACUCAUGUUUGUUUGAAUUUUUGAUAAAUUGUUCCCUGAAAUUACUAAUUUGUGCCUUUUUAUAUCCUUAAUUUGUUCCUGAAUCAAGUUGUUUCCUUCAGUCUGUGUCCUCGUCACCUCCACACUCUCACUUUAGACCAAUUUAAUUUAAUCCCGUUUGAUUCGGAGCUUUGACUGAGGUAUGUAGAUCUACGGUGUGUGGCCAAAAGUAAGUGGACAGCUGUGUCCUACUCUUGGUCUGUCAGCGUACAGUCAUAUUUUAGACAGCGUUGUUUGUGUUUGUCCCUUUCUUGUUUCAACAUGACACAGAGCAGCUGUGAAAUGGUUUUUCCCAGUUUGGUGUGGAAAUCAAUCCCAUCACGAGCCAACCAAACUAACAAACAAACAAGGAAACAGGAAAGAAUGCUAAACUAAUCAUUGUGAAUAAACAUAUAAUAAUAACAGUUCACCGAUCAGCUGACAAUAAUCCUGUAAAAACAAA